AUGAACAGGAUCCGGCUCCACGUGUUGCCGUCCAGCCGAGGACGCCUCACCCCGGUGCCGCGGCCGCAGGAACCCCUCUCGUGCGCCUUCGCCCCCCGGCCGUGCUCGCAGCCGCGCCUGGAGGGGCAGGAGUUCUGCCUCAAGCACAUCCUCGAGGACAGGAGCGCCCCGUUCAAGCAGUGCAGCUACGUUUCGGCAAAGAAUGGGAAACGGUGUCCCAACGCCGCGCCCAAGCCCGAGAAGAAGGACAGCGCGUCGCUGUGUGCAGAGCACGCCCGCAGGAACGCGCUGGCGCUGCAGGCGCAGAUGAAGAGGUCGCACCCGGGCCCCGCGAGCGAGACGCUGCUGUGCCAGCUCAGCUCCUACGCCAGAGCGGAGCUGGGCGCCCCGGCCGCGGAGAGCAGCCGCAGCGAGGCCAGUCGCAUCCUGGACGAGGACAGCUGGAGCGAUGGUGAGCAGGACCCUGUCACCGUGGACCAGACGUGGCGAGGGGACCCGGACAGCGAGGCCGACAGCAUCGACAGCGACCAGGAGGAUCCCCUCAAGCACGCUGGCGUGUACACAGCGGAGGAGGUGGCGCUGAUCAUGCGGGAGAAGCUGAUCCGCCUGCAGUCCCUCUACAUCGACCAGUUCAAGCGGCUGCAGCACCUCCUGAAGGAGAAGAAGCGCCGGUACCUGCACAGCCGCAAGGGAGAGCACGAGGCCAUAGGCAACAGCCUCCUGACGGGCCCCGAGGG